AGCCGCUGAGGAGUUCAGACAAGACAAAGACCUUCUAGUUUCCAGACAUGGCAGCUCAAAAUAUAAAGUGGACUGUUUUUUUCGCUUUCCUUGCACUGUUCACUAUCUUGGAGGAAACCAAACUGGCCAUGGCUUGCAAAGAGGACCUAGUGUCCGCGACCAUUUGUGAACAUGCCAAAGUCAUUAUCCGCUGCGUGAUUGGAGGACGCAUCAGGGUAGUGGCAGCGUCUUAUGGCAGGCAUGACCGUGGUACCUGCAGUCACCCCAGUAUAAUCACCACCAGCUGUCAUUCGGCGAGUUCUUUUGCGAUUGUGAAGAGCAGAUGCGACGACAAAACCAGCUGCGAGCUGCAUGCAAGCAACGGAGUUUUCGGUGAUCCAUGCUUUGGGACCUUCAAAUAUCUUGAGGUCAAGUUCCAGUGCAUUCAGGCGAUUCAAAAAACCAUUUGUGAGAACCACCGGAAAACCUUAAGUUGCCCAUGUGGAGGAAAAAUCAACGUGUUGGAGGCGUCCUAUGGCAGACAUGACCAUCAUACGUGCUGGCAUCCGAGCAUUCGCACCACCAAUUGUCAUUCUGGCAACUCUAUUUCGAUUGUGAAGAGCAAAUGCAACAACAAAUCUAGCUGCAGUCUGUUUGCCAGCAACUCAGUGUUUGGUGAUCCAUGUUGGGGAACGUACAAAUAUCUAAGGGUCAAAUACCACUGCAUUUAGACUGCACCUGGUGGCGCAUACCGAAGAAGCUCUCAAUUCUGAUGAUUGCAUUUCACAGCUUAUAGGGUGUUGAUCGCAGCUUGAUUUAACGUAAUUUCAAUUUAUUCUGGUGAAGGGGUGAUUCCUGUUAUGAUUGAAGAUAUUAAAUGAUAUACGGUUGCUCCAAA